GGCGGAAUUCCAGGAGGGAUUCCCGGGAAUGCCGCUGAGGCAGCGGAGCAGCAGCGAGGUGACGCUGAGCGAGUGCGAUCCCGAGGAAACCCCGGAGACGCGCGGGAAUUCCGCCGGCGCCGCCGGGCUCUUCCGGGAAUACGGCAGCACCUCUUCCAUCGACGUCCAGGGAAUUCCCGAGCAAAGCUUCUUCGAGAUGCUCAACGAGUUCCGGACUAAGAAACCGGAAUUUUCCGGGAUCAAAGCGGAAAGCCGGGAAGAGCCGCCCCAGUCCAAGGAGAAACCGCGCCGGCGCUGCCUGAAAAACGACGACUCCAUCUUCAAAAAGCUCCGCACUCCCCGGCACGACCCCGACCCCAAAGAUCCCGACGAUUCCCGCCUUCCCGAGCCGGGAAAGUCUUGGAUUUGCCGGAAGAGUUUCGCUCAUUUCGACGUCCAGAGCAUUUUCUUCGAGGCCGUUUCUCCGGGAAUCGCCGGGACCCAGCGGCGGAACACGACCACCGGCGCCUCCGCCGCCUCCGCCGGCUCCGACCCCGCCUUUUCCAGCACCGAGGACCUGAAUUCCAAGGAAAACUUGGAGCAGGACCUGGGGGACAACACCAGCAACGAGCUGCUGCUGAGCUGCCCCCACUUCCGCAACGAGAUCGGCGGCGGCGCCGGAGAGCGCGACGUCAGCUUCUCCAAAUCCGCCUCCCCGGCCGCUCCCGGCGUUUUCACCGAAUGCGGCCACGUCGGGAAGCCGACCAACGCCGGCAUCUCCGUCCUGGAGUUCCCCAAGGAGCAGCAGAGGAACCCGGAAAGGCUCCGGAAUUACAGCGUGGAGCACGUGGAUCUGGGAGCGCGCUACUACCGGGAUUAUUUCCAUGGGAAAGAACAUUCCAACUACUUUGGCGUGGACGAGAAGCUGGGCCCGGUGGCCGUCAGCAUCCGCCGGGAAAAGCUGGAGGAGCCUUCGGACCACGGCCCCCAAUUCCAGCACCGCCUCAUCUUCCGCACCAGCCAGCUGCCCACGCUCCGAGGCUCCAUCCUGGAGGAUGCCACCCCCAGCGCGUCCAAGGCCGGCUCCAUCCGGGGGAUCCCGCUCCGGGACGUGCUGGAAUUCGUCGUUCCCGAGCUCAACAUCCACUGCCUGCGGAUGGCGCUGGCCACGCCCAAGGUCCCCGAGCAGCUGCUCAAGCUGGACGAGCAGGGGCUGUGCCGGCGGCACAAGGUGGGAAUUCUGUACUGCCGGGCGGGGCAGAGCUCGGAGGAGGAGAUGUACAACAACGAAUCCGCCGGGCCCGCGCUCGACGAGUUCCUGACGCUCCUGGGAGAGAAGGUUUCCCUCAAAUCCUUCCCCAAGUACGCGGCGCAGCUCGACACCAAGACCGACUCGACGGGCACGCACUCGCUCUACACCACGUACCAGGACUACGAGAUCAUGUUCCACGUGUCCACCAUGCUGCCCUACACCCCCAACAACCGCCAGCAGCUGCUCCGGAAGCGCCACAUCGGCAACGACAUCGUCACCAUCAUCUUCCAGGAGCCGGGCGCGCUGCCCUUCACGCCCCAGAACAUCCGCUCGCACUUCCAGCACGUCUUCAUCAUCGUCCGCGCCCACCAGCCCUGCUCCGACAGCGUCUCCUACAGCGUGGCCGUCACCCGCUCCAAGGACGUCCCUCCCUUCGGGCCCCCGCUGCCCCCGGCCGGCGUCACCUUCCGCCGCUCCGAGCUGUUCCGCGCCUUCCUGCUGGCCAAGGCCAUCAACGCCGAGAACGCCGCGCACAAAUCGCACAAGUUCCGCACCAUGGCCACGCGCACGCGCCACGAGUACCUGCGCGACCUGGCCGAGAACUACGCCGGCGGCUCCCCGCUGGACACGGCCGGCAAGUUCAACCUCAUCUCCUUGGCCUCCAAGAAGAAGCCGGCCCCGCCCGGAGCCGCGCACCGCGAGCCUCAGCCCGGCCACGGCAAAAGGCCCCUGAGUUUCCCGGAGUCGCCUCAUUCCAGCGGCUCCUCCGCCUUCCGCCAACCUUCCGGAAGCUUCUCCGCUCCGGGAAGUGCCAAAGGGCCCCCGGAAAGGCCGCAGAGGGGGGCGGCGUUCCCAGCGGAGCCGCAUCCCGGGAAUUCUGGGAAUUCCGGCCACGCCGAGGCCGCUGGGAUCGGACACGAGGGCGGCGCCGAGAGGCUCAAGGCAGAGCCCCUCUGGCACAUCCCAGCUCCGGCGCGGAUUCCCGGGAAGCGCCCGGCGCGUCCCGAGCCCGGCGGGAAGGAUUCCCCCAACCGCCUGGCCAAGCAGGAGCCGCCCCAUCCCAGCCCCUCGUCCCUGUCCAGCUCCGCCUCCAGCGAGGCCGAGCCCGACUCCGGCGAUUCCCAGAAUUCCCGGAAAGGCUCCCGAGGGCCCUGGAAUUCCCAGAAAAGCUCCAAGGAUUCGGCUCCCGGCAAAUCCGGGAAUUCCGCCCUUCCCGAGGCUUUCCAAGCCACCAGGCCUCUCGGCGUUUCCCAGAUUUCGGCGCCAGCUCCCAAAUCCGGCUUUUCCCAAAGGCCGGGAAGAGCCAAAGGCGCUGCCCCCGGCUGGAGGCGCCCAGACGAGCCCCCAGAGCACAAAAGCCAGGUGAACGUGUUCGGGCAGCCGCGGCUCCGGGCGUCCCUGCGCGAUCUCCGCUCCCCCCGGCGCCUCCCCAAAUCCUCCAUCGAGGACGACCUCAAGCGCCUGAUCCUGAUGGACAAUUCCUGCCCCGAGCCCGAGCCCGCCCCGGCGCUGCCCAGGACGCUGUCGGACGAGAGCCUCUGCGGGGGGCGCGGCCCCUCCCCCACCCCGCGCCGGGAGAUUCCCAAGGAUUUCCCGGGAAGCGCCGGGAGCGGCACCCGGACCCUGCCCGGCCGCAGCGGCCACCACGGGACCGGGAAAACGGGUACGGAAAAACGGGAAUGGCGGGGGGGGGGUUUUGGGAAUUUUGGGGAAUUUUUUUUAUUGGGGAAAUUUGGGGGGGAUUUAUUUUUUUUUUGGGAAUUGAGGAAUUUCCUGCAUUUUGGGGCAAGUUUGGGUUGGGGAAGCGGCUUUUGGGUGGUUUUCCCCAGGAUUUUGGUGUUUUUGGGGGGGUUCCAGGUGGGAUUUUUCUGGGAUUUGUUGGGAUUUUGGGAAUUUCGGGAAUUUUGGGCGUUUCCAGGGGCCGUGGGGCGCCUGGAGCCGGGGCUGAUCCCGCUGCCGGACACGGCCGGGCUGGAGUGGGCGACGCUGGUGAGCGCGGCCAAGGCCUACGAAGGUGAGAGGGGAAAACGUGGAAAAAACGGGAAUUUGGGAUGGGAAAAACCGGGAAAAAACGGGAAACCCGGAAUUCCCGGAUUUUCCCCCCAGGAGAAGCAGGACAAGGUUUUCCUGCAGGCCGAGGUCGCCAACCUGCGGCAGAACAACCGGCGGCUGCAGCAGGAGUCGAGCUCGGCCGCGCGGCAGCUCCGGCGCUUCGCCAGGAUCUUCUCGGGGGCCCCGGAGCACCCGGAGCCGUGAGCGGGAUCCGCCGGGAUCCACCGGGAUCCGCUGGGACGGGGAGAUCCCCCCGGAUCUGGGACAUUCCCAUCGGGAUCGGCGGCUCCGGCGCCUCAGCAGAGCCCUGGGAGGAUCUGGAGGGGUCUGGGAUCGGUCUGGGAUCCACCAGGAUCCGUUUGGGAUCCGGGAUCGGGUUUGGAUCCGUUCGUUUGGAUCCGUUUGGGGCCGGGGAGGCUCCGCGGGAUCCCAGCCCAGAAUUCCCAGAGAAGAUUCCGGAAGGAUCCGGGACCUGCCCGACGGGACCCGGAACGUUCCAGAACUUUCCCAAAGGGGACCAAGGAAAUCCAGGGGGAUCUGGAACCUUCCCGAGGGAUCCGGGGGCGUUCCGGGGAAUUCCAGAAGCUUCCGGAGGGAUCCAGAACAUUCCAAAGAGACUCCAGAGGCUCCCAGCGGAUCCGGAACAUUCCAGAGGGAUCCGGAACAUUCCAGAGGGAUCCAGGACUUUUCCAAGGGAUUCCAGAACAUUCCAGAGGGAUCCGGAACCUUCCCAGGAAUUCCCGGAUUUUUCCCGGAAUGUUCCGCCGGUGCUUCCGAAGGGGAUCCAGAACCUCCCAGGGAAUUCCAGAACUUUCCGGAGCCAUCCCAAAACUUUUCCAGGUGCUUCCAGAGGGGAUCCGGAACUUUGGUGGGAUUCCAGAACUUUCCAGGGAAUUCCUGGACUUUCCAGGGAAUUCCAGAACUUUCCCUGGGAUUCCGGAGGCUUCCGGGCCCCUCCCAAGGCAAUAAGAGCCCCUCCCCCUCCCGGGGGGGCGGAGCUCCAAGCUCAUUAAUAAUAAUGAAUAAUUCAUGAGGAACAACCAAUAAUAAUUAAGGAGCUUCCAGGCACUUUCAUCCCCCCCCAAAAAUUCCCAAAAAAUUCCCAAAAAAUUCCCUAAAUUAUUUCCUGGAGCGGCUCAGGGUUUAAAACCCCCUCCCCCCAUUCCCAAAAAUCCCCAAAUUCCCCCCAAAAUUCCUGAAAUUCCCUUGUUUUUAAAACACUAUAUUUGUAUAAAUGGCACCGCCUCCAUCCCAAAUCCCGGAAUUUUUUUUUUUCCAGGAUUUUUUUUUUAAUUUUUGGCGUUUUCAGGA